UGGCCAGCGUCCCGGUGCGCACGGACGUGGCUCGAGUUUCCUCGGCUCCGGGCUCCCGCUCGCUCGCUUUCCCCUUCUCUCUCUCUCUCUCUCUCGCUCGCUCGCUCCUCCUUCUCUCCCGGUCUCCAGCUCCAGCUCCACCCGGCCGGCCCCGCACGGCUCCCGGGUAAGCCAUGGAGGACGUCACGCUCCAUAUCGUCGAGCGGCCGUUUUCCGGGUUCCCCGAUGCCACCGCCGAAGACACGGAGGAGACCACGGCUGGAGGGGCUCCGGCCACCCAGGAGCCGUCGGGGACCGGCUCCGAAGAGUUGAUCAAGUCGGACCAGGUGAACGGGGUGCUGGUGCUGAGUCUCCUGGAUAAGAUCAUCGGGGCGGUGGACCAGAUCCAGCUGACCCAAGCCCAGCUGGAGGAGCGGCAGGCGGAGAUGGAGGGCGCCGUGCAGAGCAUCCAGGGCGAGCUGAGCAAGCUGGGCAAGGCGCAUGCCACCACCAGCAACACGGUGAGCAAGUUGCUGGAGAAGGUGCGCAAGGUCAGCGUGAACGUGAAGACCGUGCGCGGGAGCCUGGAGCGCCAGGCCGGCCAGAUUAAGAAGCUCGAGGUCAACGAGGCCGAGCUGCUGCGGCGCCGCAACUUCAAAGUCAUGAUCUAUCAGGACGACGUGAAGCUCCCGGCUAAGCUGAGCGUGGGCAAGUCUCUGAAGGAGUCGGAGGCGCAGCCGGAGAAGGAGGGCGACGAGCUGGGCGAGGGCGAGCGUCCCGAGGACGAGGACGCGGCGGCGGCGGCGGCGCUGGAGCUGUCGUCGGACGAGGCGGUGGAGGUGGAGGAGGUGAUCGAGGAGUCGCGCGCAGAGCGCAUCAAGCGCAGCGGCCUGCGGCGCGUGGACGACUUCAAGAAGGCCUUCUCCAAGGAGAAGAUGGAGAAGACGCGGGUGCGCACGCGCGAGAACCUGGAGAAGACCCGCCUCAAGACCAAGGAGAACCUGGAGAAGACGCGGCACACGCUGGAGAAGCGCAUGAACAAGCUGGGCACGCGCCUCGUGCCCGCCGAGCGGCGCGAGAAGCUCAAGACGUCGCGCGACAAGCUGCGCAAGUCCUUCACGCCCGACCACGUGGUGUACGCGCGCUCCAAGACCGCCGUGUACAAGGUGCCGCCCUUCACCUUCCACGUCAAGAAGAUCCGCGAGGGCCAGGUGGAGGUGCUCAAGGCCACCGAGAUGGUGGAGGUGGGCCCCGACGACGGCGACGACGACGACGACGACGACCGCGUGGGCGCCCGGCGCGGGGGCGCGGGCGAGGCCACCGACCUGCUGCGAGCCAGCAGCCCCGACGUGCACACGCUGCUGGAGAUCACCGAAGAGUCCGACGCCGUGCUCGUGGACAAGAGCGACAGCGACUGAGCAGGGUCCCCCGCCCCGCCCCUCCCCUCCCGCCCAACCGAGGGGCUCUGCCCUGGAGGCUGGCACCUUGGCCCUGCCACGCCCUGCACCCACCACCCCUUUUUCUUCUUGCAAACUUUUCUCUUUUGCACUCUUCUUCCUCAGCCCCAGCCUGGCUGAGCUUUGUGGGGUUGUUGUUUUUUUUUUUGUAAGUUGAACACACUUGCCCUUCCCAGAGCACUCCUCCCCCAAAGCUACAGCUGUUAGACGGCAGGAGCCAGCCACCACCACCACCACCACCACCACCACAACCCCUCUCCCCAUGGACGGCUUUAAUUUGGACACAGUCUCUGGGGGGAUGGAAGGAGCGAUCCAUAUACUGACCGUCCAAGUCCAGCAUCCUCUUGAGGCCUCCCCCCCAUACACCCGUCACUCCGCCCCGUGCACACCCAGCUGCGUCAUUCCUGCUCGCCGAGCUCUGCCCCUGGAAAACUCCAAAGCUAAACUUCCUGCAAAAGGAAAGAAUGAACGAAUCCUGGAAGGGGUUAUUUGCAGGCGUGUUGGGAGGGGGGGAUUAUACAGGCUUGUAAUUCCAUCUACUUGGGAGGCUGAGGCAGGAGCAUCACAAGUUUUUAAGGCAUGCCUGGGCUCACAAGAGUGAGUUCAAGGUUAGUAACUCAGAACCCGUCUUCAAAAUUAGAAAUAGAGACAGGGCUGGGUUGUAGCUCAGUAGUAGACCGCUUGCCCAGGCAAAGCCCUAGUUUCAAUCCCCAGUACCAUAAACAAGAAAAACAGGAAAAAACAAACAAAUAGAAGACCCCUGCCCACGUAGGAAGGUUCCUACUAGCAAGCUGGAGGGUCUUUGGGGAGACUAGGCGGUGGAAGGUGGAUGCAGAGUGAGCCUUGACCCUGGAUGUGGAUCUGCAAAGGGUCGCACCAGGGACAGCCGAUGGCAAGCAGGACCUGGGGAAGGACAAGUGGGAACACGCGUGGAGGGAGGCGCACACUUAUGAGUACAUGGCUUUAAGAAGGAGAAUGGGAAAGUAGAAAGCAAAAAUGGAUGAAGAAACAAGUUCUAUUCAUUAGCACCAUGAAGAAACUCAGGGCAACCCCCCCCAUCUUACUGGCCCUCCCGGGGGUGGGGGACAGUAGGACCAUUUUCAGAAGAGAGAAGGGAGGGCAGUGUGAGAAAGCAAUGAUCCAAAGAAAGGAGAGGGGUUAGCCUUUCCAUAUCUACCCUCAGCUGGGGAUCUGGGCGCUGCUCCCCUGGGGAACCCUGGUUUUUAAUACCUAGAGUAUUAAGGAGCCAGGCGUGGUGGUGCACGCCUUUAAUCCCAGCACUCAGGAAGCAGAGGUAGGAGGAUCGACGUGGGUUCGAGGCCAGCUUGAGACUACAUAGUGAAUUCCAGGCCAGCCUGGGCUAGAGCGAGACCCUAACUACCCACACGCAUGCACGCGCAAAGAUUCCAGAAGGGGGCAGCAGCAAGCUGCAGAGAACUGGGAGUUAGGAGGGAGGUGGGCUGGAGAGAGCAAGGUGCCAAAGGAGCAGACCCCAGGAAGGGAGGUGGGGACCGUGGGAAGGAUAACUGGCCGCCUCUUAACUGCGUCCCUCGCGCAACCUUCUACUGCAGAUCCUUCCCCAGAACUAGUAUAAAGCUACGGGGCUUGCCUGCUCCUCGCUGAGUUCCUUGCGACUCUGGGGGUGCUUUUGCUGAAAACUUGGGGAGAUACUGCUUCCUGUCUGAGGCCGGAUUUCUGUAGUCUACCGACUAGGUUCUCCUCAGGACACUUCAAUCUCCCUGCUUCUCCUGUUAAAGGCUUUUAGGCAACAAGGACGCCUGCCCGCACCACCAUCACCAGUUCACACCCCGCCCCAGGGAUGGUUGGAGGGUGCCACCUCCUCACCGUCUCACCCCAGUCCCCCACGUAUCUUCCCUGCUCCGCUUUUUAGGAUUACAGCUUGUUGGUUUUUCUUUUCUUGGAGGGGGAGGGGGGAAUCUGGGGACACAAACCUUUUAUACAACAUAAAACUCUGCUUUAAAAAAAAUUUUUUUCUUCCUUUUCUUGGUUCCCUUCGCUCCUCUGUAUGGUUGGAGGCACAUCAGCUGAGGGAGGAUGAGGAAGGUGAGGCUGGAAAAGGUCCCUUGGGGCUGGUGGGCUGAAGGGGCCCCAGUUGGGAGUACAUGCAGUUUCCUGUGGGCUCUGGGGAGCCCCUCACGUUGCUGUGUCCUGGUGAGCAGCCCGACCAAUAAACCGGCUUUUCUAAAAGAA